GGUGCACUGCGCAUCAGAGCUGUCAGCAGUGAUUGUAAGUGCAACCCUGCAUGCGUGUGCGCGCUGAACCCCCUCCCUCCCUCCUUUCCUGCCUUCACGCACACACACACAUUCCUGGAGGAUUCCUUCAUUUCUUCAUUUGCGCUGCUUUGGAUGCUACCUCCUCCUCUUCCUUCUCUCCUCCUCUCUUCUCUCUCACUCUCUCUCUGUCGACUUUCCCUUUUUUUGGCUCCGGUCUUCCCAUCGGGCGUGCGGCAUCUCGUCUCGGCGUCGGCUCCGCGACCGUCCGACACUGCUUCUUCAUUCCAUUGUGAGGCUGAAGCAUCGGCAGAGAGUCCAGUGACGCAGCUUCAGCACAACCAUCUUUACCCGUACAUGGAGACCCCCAGCUGGGCAGGUAACGCGUUGUGCAAGUCGGGAAGCAUCGGCGUCUUCGGGAACGUUGUGUACAGCGGACUGCUCAACGAGCACCUGUGGCAUCUGGGAGUGCCACUCUUCACAAGACUGGGUAACCAAGAGGCCCCCAACCCCCCGGACGCCAUGACCCAGCCCUACACCGCGGCCCAGUACCCCCCGCCCCCACAGAACGGCAUCCCCGCCGAGUUUGCGGCACCGCACCCGCUACCCACGCCCGACUACAGCGGGCAGAGCCGUGUGGCCGAGCACGCCAUGACGCUCUACACGCCGACGCCCACGCACGGCGAACCGGCGCCGGUCACCGAUAGCAGCACGCCCGCCAUCGCCGCCCCCGCGUCCGCACCGGUCAGUGUCGCUCAGCACCUGCAAACACUCUUCUCCACAGGCCGCCAGCAAACGGAUGACGUGACGCAAACGGACGCCUCGCAGCACUCGGACUCGUCGGAGAAGCAGCAGCCCAAACGGUUACACGUGUCCAACAUUCCCUUCCGCUUCCGAGACCCUGACCUGAGGCAAAUGUUUGGGCAAUUUGGAAAGAUCCUAGACGUGGAGAUUAUCUUUAACGAGCGAGGAUCCAAGGGCUUUGGCUUUGUAACUUUUGAAACGAGCACAGACGCCGACCGCGCACGGGAGAAACUAAACGGUACAAUCGUAGAGGGACGCAAGAUCGAGGUGAACAACGCCACAGCACGAGUCAUGACAAACAAGAAAGUGGCCAACCCCUACACCAAUGGCUGGAAGUUAAACCCAGUGGUGGGCGCUGUCUACGGUCCCGAGCUGUACGCCGUAACGGGCUUCCCAUACCCCGCCACGGGCACCGCCGUGGCUUACAGGGGCGCCCACUUGCGAGGUCGGGGGCGGGCAGUCUACAAUACGUUCCGCACGGCCCCUCCGCCGCCGCCUAUCCCUGCUUACGGAGCGGUGGUGUACCAAGAUGGCUUCUAUGGUGCUGAGAUCUAUGGAGGAUACGCAGCAUACAGAUUCGCGCAGCCCGCCACCACCGCCGCCUACAGCGACAGCUACGGCAGAGUCUAUGCAACGGCCGACCCCUACCACCACACGAUCGGCCCCGCCGCCACCUACAGCGUGGGAACUAUGGCUAGCCUUUACAGAGGAGGCUACGCUCGCUUCACGCCCUACUAAAACAACCAAAGAACACACACAAAGACCUCUUUACAAAAAAUAACCCCCCCAAAAAACCAAGAAGCCCCAUCCCCUCUUUGAAGAGACAAACCUUAACAAGCAGCGCCGCCUCCAGAUGACUUUUCUAGCACCGCCUUUUUAAGCCCCAUUUUCCUUUUUGUCCGUUUUUCUUGUUUGUCUCUUUUGGUUGUUGUUUUUCAAUGCUUUUAUUGUCAUGUUAAGCUUGUACAUAAAUGUUGGACAUUUUUACUAUGCUAUAUGAAAAAAAAUAUGAUGAAACCAAUAUGUUUUGUCUUAAUUUACAGUUAAUCAAUAAUAUGCAAACUUGAGCCACUGAGAACAAGAGUGGGCUAAGUCCAGUUGGGUCACUAUGCGAUCGCAACAAAAUACAGUGGGGUAAAUAAGUAUUUAGUCAA